AUGCAUGAGGGUGUGGUGAGGAGGACAAAGGUCUGUGAUACUGCUGACUGUGGAGCGAGUCAGUACACCACGGCCAAUGUUUUGAAUUUUGCAUUCUGUGAGCUGAGGGAACUGAUGUCGCAUUUGGAGGAAGUAUCUGCUCCCAGUGCAACAUUGAAUGUUAACAGAUAUCUCUCCUUUGCAUCUCUGGUAUAUAUGAAGUCACUCUGCAUGAGGAAUGAUUCCAGGUGCCUGUCAAACUCUUGCCAAAAGAACUCUAUGUGCGUUGCUGGUCGUAAAGACAAUACAUGCCGUUGUGCAGAUGCAUCAGUGGACAGUGUGGAGGAACUCUGCAAUAAAACCUCUGAUCCUUGCUCCUCAAACCCCUGUCUUCAAAAUGCUACCUGUUUAAGCUUUGCUGGAAACCUCAGCUUUACCUGUGAGUGCCCUGAUGGGUAUAAUGGACUUAGCUGUGAAAGAGCCGUCAGCAUGUGUGACACAAACCCUUGUGAGCAUGGAGGCACCUGCCAAAACAGCCUCGCGGGGCCCACCUGCCUUUGUAGCGCAGGAUACACAGGUACCCUCUGUGAAAUGGAUUUUGAUGAAUGCACUUCUGAACCGUGCCACAAUGGAGCGGUAUGCAGGGAUGGGGUGGAUGAAUACUCCUGCUACUGCGUCCCAGGCUACCAAGGCAAGCACUGUGACCUGGAAGUAAAUGAAUGUGUGUCAGAUCCAUGCCUGAAUGGAGCAACGUGUCUCAACCAGAUAGGACAGUAUGACUGCAUCUGCUCACUCGGGUACACAGGUAGAAACUGUGAGCUGGAAAUAGAUGAGUGCUUGUCAGCGCCGUGCCUGAACGGUGCGACCUGCCGCGAUUCCCUGGGGAGCUUCGCCUGCUCCUGCGCACCAGGCUUCCUCGGCGACCUCUGCGAAACCAACGUCGACGAGUGCAUCAGCCAGCCGUGCCUCAACGGGGGACAGUGCACGGAUGAUGCCAAUGGAUACAGCUGCAACUGUACCGGUACUGGAUUUACGGGCCUACACUGCGAGACCCGAACUCCCUUGUGUUGGUCACAACCAUGUUACAAUAAUGGCACUUGUGAGGACAACGCUGACAAUUACACAUGCCACUGUUGGCCAGGUACUCACUGUGAUGAAGAUAUCAAUGAAUGUUACAUGAACCCUUGCCAAAAUGGUGGAAUCUGUGAGAAUUUUCCUGGGAAUUACACUUGCCAUUGCCUACCUGCAGACAAAGAAGGGAUUUAUUACGGUGGCUGGAACUGUACAGAAGUUCUCCAUGGCUGUACUGAUCAGCAAUGCCAAAACAAUGGAAUAUGUAUCCCACAUUUAAAAAAUGGCCAACACGGAUUCAGCUGCAUAUGUUCAGCUGGCUAUACUGGAACACACUGUGAAACCAUAACGACGUUUUCAUUUCAAGGAAACAGUUUCCUUUUGUUGAAGAAUCCCCUGACCCCUAAAAAGGAAUUUUUCUAUAAUAUAAACCUGAGGUUUCAAACUGUGCAACCUACAGCUCUUCUGUUUUACCGAGGGGAGAAAAAUACAUUUGCGAAGCUGGAGUUACUGAAUGGCUACUUACAUUUAUCUGUGCAAGUGGAUAACCAGCUACAAGCUCUUUUGCACGUUUCACAUAAUGUCAGUGACGGAGAAUGGCAUUCAGUGGAGGUAACCUUGGCAAGGGCUGUUACUCUUAAUUUGCUUGACAGCUCUUGUGUAGAAUCAUGUCUCAGUAAAACAUCUGCUGUGAUAGAGAACGAUCACGUGAUGCUUGCAUUUCAGAGCACGUUUUUGGGCGGCUUACCAGUGGGGAACAUUAGCAGCAACUCUCUACUUAACAUCUAUAAUAUACAUUCUGCACCUUCAUUUGUAGGCUGUCUUCAGGACAUUGAGAUAGACUUGAAUAUUAUUACUCCAGAGAAUGUAUCACCUGAAUCAUCUUUAAAUAUCAGGACAGGAUGUACUAGAAAGGACUGGUGUGAAACCCACCCUUGUCGGAACAGGGGACGCUGUACCAACCUGUGGCUGAGCUACCACUGCGAUUGCUACCGGCCGUACACCGGCCCAAGCUGCGCAACAGAGUACAUUCCAGGCCGGUUUGGAUCUGAGGACUCCUCAGGCUAUGCUGCUUUUUCUGUUGAUGCCACUCAGAAUGAAAAUUUGAACAUAUCAAUGUUUGUUCGAACACGCAAAUCUUCUGGCUUGUUACUGGCUUUGAGAAACAGUACUUACCUUUACGUAAGAGUCUACUUGGAAGGUGGAAAACUCACAAUGUUAGCUCUAAAUUCCAUUAAGUUAUUAGGGAAACACUCCAUGAACGAUGGAAACUUUUACUUCAUAACAUUAAAAAUAGAACCAAAUAAGAUGGAAUUGUUCCAGUCCUCUCAAUACCUAGGUUUUAUUUCUACUCCAGUACUAACCAUCCAAAGCAAGGAUAUUCUAUACAUUGGAGGCCUACCAGAUAAAAAAGAAACUGAUAGAAAUGGCAGGUAUUUCAAAGGCUGCAUCCAAGAUGUAAGAGUGAAUAACCAGCCGCUGGAAUUCUUCCCCAUCACCGAUCCACUGAAUUCUCUUAUCAACCGAACUCUGAUCAAUGUCACCCAAGGCUGCACUGGUGACAACCUCUGCAAGUCCAACCCUUGCCACAACGGUGGUGUGUGCUAUUCAAUCUGGGAUGACUUCACUUGCACGUGCCCCCCUAACACAGGGGGGAAGGCAUGUGAGGAUGUUAAGUGGUGUGAGCUUGGGCCCUGUCCUCUUGAAGCACAAUGCCAGCUGGUACACCAAGGAUUUGAAUGUCUUGCUAAUGCAGUGUUUAGUGGCCGAAGCAGUGCGAUAUUUUACAGAAGCAAUGGAAAAAUCAGCAGAGACCUCACCAAUAUCAUGUUUGGCUUUCGAACUAGGGACUCUGAUGUGAUACUGCUGUACGCGGAGAAGGAGCCAGAGUUUGUUACCAUCAGUAUUCACAAUUCCAAAUUACUCUUUCAAUUGCAAAGUGGCAACAGCUUUUACAAGCUGACCCUUACUAGUUCACUGCCUGUGAGUGAUGGGAAAUGGCACCAAGUGAUGGUCUCUAUGGUAGAGCCCCUGUCCCAGUUCUCUAGAUGGCACGUUGAUAUAGAUAACAAGAAAGACACUGCAACUAGUACAACUGCUGCAGGAAGCCUCAACUUUUUAAGAGAAGAGACAGACAUCUAUGUGGCUGACAAGGCUUUUGACAGUCUGGAUGGCCUGAGAGGAUGUAUGAGCACCAUAGAAAUCAGCGGCAUUUAUCUCUCAUACUUCGAAAAUGCUGACAUCCCUACUAAAAAACCUCAAGAGGAGCAAUUUCUCAAAAUAUCUGCAAACCCUGCUCUGACUGGCUGUUUGCGGGUUGAUGUCUGCGGCUCAGAUCCCUGUAUGCAUGAGGGGAUAUGUGAAGACUUCUAUACUUCUUACCAUUGCAUAUGUCCCAAAGGAUGGGCGGGCACCCACUGCGAAGUCAACAUCGAUGAAUGCUCUUCAAACCCCUGCGUUCAUGGAAACUGCACUGACGGGAUCACCUCUUACAAGUGCAGUUGUGAACCUGGUUACACAGGGCUAAAUUGUGAAGAGGACAUAGACAACUGCCGUGGCCACCAGUGUGCAAAUGGGGCCACUUGUGUUGAUGGGAUCAAUGGAUAUUCUUGCCUGUGUGCUGGUAACUUCACCGGAAAAUUUUGCAGAUACAGAAGAUUACCAUAUACAGUUUGUGGGAAUGAAGAGAGAAACCUCACAUGUUUCAACUAUGGCAACUGCACCGAUCUCAGCGGCGAGUUGACGUGUGUGUGCCUGCCGGGAUUUGCUGGAGAACGGUGUGAAAAGGACAUUGAUGAGUGCAGCUCCGACCCAUGUCUGAACGGAGGCCUCUGCCAGAACCUACUCAACAAGUUCCACUGCCUCUGCGAUGUGAACUAUGCUGGAGACCGCUGUGAGAUAGAUUUGACAGCUGACUUGAUCUCGAACAUAUUCACCUCCAUUGGCUCAGUAACGCUGGCCUUGUUAUUGAUCCUCUUCUUGGCAGUUGUGGUUUCAGUCAUCGCUGCCAAUAAACGGGCGACUCAAGGGACCUACAGCCCCAGCCGGCAGGAGAAGGAGGGAUCCCGGGUAGAGAUGUGGAACAUGGUGCAGCCACCGCCAAUGGAAAGACUGAUUUAG